AUGAGUUCAGAGAGAGCAUUAUUUUUGCCUUCCAGAGAGGGAUCUCAGAGCAGUUCAGCAAAAUGGUCACCACCAGAGAACUACAAAAGGCGCGUAGCAGCUUUUGAGGCUAAGCAAAACCAGCCAAAAGGGCAGCAGAAGGCAGCUGUGAAACCAUGCCAAGCAGGCUCUGGAUACGAAGGACUUUCAAAAAAGGAUAGAGCUAUUGCAGAGAGACUGGAGAGACUCAGGGAAGAAAGGAAACCCAAGUCCAUCCCUUCUGAGGCCGAGAUCGAAGCGAGGCUGGCUGCGCUGAAGGAAGGCUGCCGGGGGCCUGUUCCAUCCACGCAGGAAAUGGAGGACCAUUUGGCUGUGCUGCAAGGGAGAGUCCCCCCUUCCCAGGCUCCCAGAGCAGUGCACCAACCCCCUGAUACCAGAAACCUCACCCAGCAGACAGAUGACCUGUUAACUCAGCUGGCUGAAGAAAUUGCUAUUGAUGAACGUUACACUCCAGGAGUCCAGCCUCAAGCUGCUAACAGGCAAACGUUGAAUGAUCUCAGUCGGGAAAGCGAAGGUGGGGUUUGCCCUGCAAGUCUGGAUCUAAAACAGCUAGAAGAGGAGAAGAAUAAACUUCUGGCAGAGGCUGCUUCUGAACUGCGGGAAGAGAACACUAGGCAAGAGAAGAUCCUAGAAGUUGCCAAGAGAUUGGCAGCACUUAGAGGCCAAGACCCAGAGAAAGUUACUUUGGAAAACUAUAAUCUUCCUGACAGUGAUGAGGAAGUGGAUGAAGAGGAGGUCAUUCGGAGAGUGCUGAAACAGCUUACAGAGGAAGCAGCCUUGGAUGAAGCAAGUGGCUUCAAUAUUCCUCCAGAUGAGAAGACCCAGCCAGGAUCCCUGCAACAGAACCUACCUAAAAAAGCAAAGCAAAAGAGCCAGGCUUCGGUCGCUGUGGCGCUUCCCAGCUCAGACGACAGUGAUGAGGAGUUACCCUGGUGCUGUAUCUGCAAUGAAGAUGCCGCUUUGCGCUGCCACGGCUGUGACGGGGACCUCUACUGCCAGCGGUGCUUUCGAGAAGGCCAUGAUGAGUUUGACCUGAAGGACCACCACACCUCCUGCUAUCAUCUUCCUUGCAAGCAGAAGUGA